AAAGAAAACAAAAACCUCUUCUAUAAUGAGUUCAAAGUUGGUAAUAUUGGCCAUGUUGGCUUCAUUCAUUCAAAUUUUACGAGCUGAUUGCGUCAUUGAGGGAGCCACACCUAUCUCUGUGACAGAGAAUGCAUCAGUCUGUGUGCCAAUUGAUCCUUCUAAAGGCGAAACAGAACAACAAUUUGGCAACAAAUUUCAGAUCUGUCUGAAUUCGACAUUUCAAGUGUUUGAAUGCAACGAAGGCAUGAAGUACGACGUGGUCAGCGCAGACUGCAGGCAAGGACCACACCGAUGCCAAGGCGACGAUGGGAAUUCAACACUUACUUCAUCAACACAGGCAACAGAGUCGAAUGCAACAUCGCCACCACCAGCGUCAGCAGCAGCAGCAGCAACAACAACAUCCACAUCGACAUCCACAUCGUCAGUGAAAGCAACUACGACAAAGAAAGCUAAUGUGACCUCGAAACCCGGCAACAUGAACGAACCAUCGCCGGUGGUCGUUCCCCUAGGAACGUGUACAUCCGACAAAUGCAAGCCACCACACUGUUCUUGCUUGAACGCCAAGCCGAACAUUGACCUUAGCAAAGCUCCCAUGAUGGUCAUGCUGACUUUCGACGAUGCAGUUACCGCGGCUUACAUGGAUGCCUUCUACAGGGACCUCCUAGUAGACAACAGACACUCCCUCAGGAACCCUAACAACUGUUCAAUUAAGGCGACGUUCUUCUUAUCAGCUGCCAACACAGAUUACAAACAAGUGCGGAUUCUGUAUGACAAUGGGAAUGAGUUCGCUUCCCACACCGUAAACCACAUCUUGCCAGAUGGUGGGACGAAAGAGGAAUACAAAGAAGAGAUUGUUGGAAUUCGGGAACUGCUGGUCUCCGAAGUCAUGGCUGAUGAGACCAAGGUAGUCGGUUACAGGGCGCCUUUCCUGAAACUGGCUGGAAAUCAGAUGUUUCAGGUUUUACACGGGAACAACUUUCGUUACGAUUCAAGCAUCUCCAACAUUGAACGCAAAAAGGGCAAGUCACACCUUUGGCCUUUCACCCUGGACUUUCCGAUUCCUCAAGAAAACUGUCCAAACGGCCCCUGUCCAACCGAAAGCUUCCCUGGUCUAUGGGAGGUGCCGCUGAAUGCCUACACAACAGAUGAAGGCCACUGUGCCAUGAUUGACGCUUGCAUUGUGGCAAACACGACAGAUGACAAGGAAGUGGUCAGAGAAAAGUACCGUCAGUUUUUCAAGCAGAACUUCAAAGCUUUCUAUUCUGAAAAGGUACCAAUGCAUAUUUUCACGCACUCUUCGCUAUUCCUGAGACACCAGGGAAGUUUUGAAGCCCUUGUUGACUGUAUGAAGGAGAUAAACGACCUGCCUGAAGUCUGGUUCCUGACGCCAUCUCAAGUUCUAGAUUGGAUGAAAACGCCAGUUUCCAAUGACGAUGCAAUCAAAGGCGCUAUUCCCUCGUGGACUUGUCAGGACUCUGUACACUAA